AUGCCUGCUGCAGUCUCUGAGACCCAUUACGAGCUGAUCCGCGACGCCAUCUUCGACAAUGACCGUGCUCGUGUGGCAGAAUUGUUAGCCCUUCCAGGUGUUGAUGUCGAUCACUUCGAUGCUGGAGGCCAAACACUGCUUCAUCUCGCCUGUUUUUGGGGUCGAAUGGACUUGACCAAGUUGCUAUUGGCAGCAGGAGCAAGUCUCAAGACCAAGAACGCUGCUGGGUGUACAGCACUAGACCUCGCAACCCACUGGGGCCACUCAGCAGUAGCAGAAGUUAUUCGACUGCGAGGAGGCAGUAGCGUUUGGGAAGACAAGCUCGGUACGCUCCAAGUUGAACUGGAAGACCUUACGCUUCGUGCUCAACAUCUAGAGACGCAGAAUAACGACAAAAGCCGUCGAAUUGAGACGAUGACGCGGGAAAUACAGAGCAUACAAACCCAGUUAGCUGAAGAGAAGAGCGCUCAUACACUCACGAUCGAGACCUAUCAACGUAUACGACAACAACUUAGUAUUCAAACCGAAAGGAACCAGAAGCUUGAACUGGAGAGAGCGAGUCUCACCGAACAGCUGAAAGAGCUACGAAUAGCGCAGGCGAAUGUCGAGAGAGAAAGCGCAAGAUUCCAGGCAGAAAUCGUAGCGAUGAAAGCCCAUAGAGACGAGAUUUUGGUCAAGAUGCAGGAGAGUGUCAAGCAGCAGGAACAAGUUGCUCACAACUGGCAGAGAGCCGAAGUAGCUGCUGCGAUCUCAGACUCUCAGAGAAAUUUUGCAUUAGCAGAACGCGAUCAAUUCCAUCGAGCACAACUAGCUACACUAGCUGAUCUUCUGGUGACUACGGAGCGCCUUGGAGCGGCUGAGAACGAGCUCAUGAAGCUCAAAACCGACUUGGCUGAGCACAUUUUCGACAUGAGGAGAGAACAACGCAACCAGAAACGCAUAGCUCAAGCCAUGACGCCCACGCGUUCUCAAGGCAAUCGACGCCCAACCACGACUCCUGUGGAUGUGAAAAAGACAAGAAAACCUAAAGAAGUUGAAGAACUUCUCCAAGUAGCGCGAGAGACGCCGAAGAAGAAGUUCUCGCUGGCUGCUCGAGAGUAUGGAGAUCGAGUGUAUCUAGAGGAACAGCAGAAACUUCGAGGACGUGGGCAACGACAGCAGAAAGUGGAGAAUCAGUAUCGAUCUCACGGGCUUCGGGCUCCAGUGGUGGACGCUGAGGCCUUCCAAGAAGAAUUUGUGUCCUCCGUUCGUGCCUUUGCGUCGUGUCGGAGUGAGAAAUGGCAGAAUCUGAAACGCGAUCGAGAUCGGCAAGAGCGUUUUGCUACUGUGACACUGGCUCGACCUAUCUCUACUGCCCCAUUGCCAGUUAGUUCAAAUUCCGGGUUGGAAGGAACGCUGAAUUACAGUUUGUAUAGGAAAUACGCUCUGCCGUUGCCUCAAUCUACGGGAGAAAAGCUAAGACCUGUCACGUCGUGUACGGAGCUAAGAACACACGCGGAUUUCUUGUCCGAGGUGAAGAAGAAGACUGCAAAUUAUCCACAAUUUCAAGAAGAACCAAGCAAAGAAUCGGAUAAAAUAGGGUUUUUACCCAUGGUUUAA